AUGCCCAUCAAAGCGCCUUUAACUCCUCUGCCUAAGGAAGGGCUGUGGCUCAAGAGAGAGGGCACGUGGUUUCCACGAAGGUUGUAUCCCCGGCAUCUCCGCAUACAGGAUCGGAGUUGGGUCCCAGGUUUUGGGCAAGACCGUUCUUAUUUAUACCCGGGUGUGACGCAGUCGUGGAAGCUGCCAGGGAGCCCAUCUCCGGGACUUUCUCUGGAGCUGAGUUGCGGCGUCAGCCCUGGCCAAGUGACGCUGCAGCCAAAUCAAACCCUCGUGUUGGACUGCAACCCGCCUCCUGUCGAGCAGCUCCUCGGCGUCACCUGGAUGAAGAACGGGCUUCGGGUGGCGGAAGAGGAGAGCCUUCGAGUCCUGCCCAAUGGAUCUCUGUUCAUAUCAGCGUCCCAGGCGGCCUUGGAGGAGGGCAGCUCUCUUAGAGGGUCCAGCGUGGAGGGGAAUUACUCCUGCGUCUCCCACAGAUCGCUCGGCUCUGUUGCUAGCCAAACGGUUCUGCUUCGUGCCUCGACGUUGUCUCCAUUUUUUCAACAACCAGAGUCCCAGACAGUGGAAGAGAACGGCGUGGCCCGUUUCGAGUGUCGGAUUGAGGGGCUGCCGGCUCCGGAAGUUGCCUGGGAGAAAGACCACACGCCUGUCCCUUUAGAGCCCAGGUUCAUUAUUCUCCCAAACGGGGUCCUCCAGAUCAUAGACGUGCAGGAGAGGGACGCGGGGGCCUACUGGUGCGUGGGGAGCAACUGGGCAGGAAGACGCCACAGCCCCGAAGCCAUCCUGAGUGUCGUGAAAGGCAACCAGCCACCAACCACAGGAGAUGUGGCCAUUGCUGCUGCGCCGGAGAACACCACCGUUGCAGUUGGAGAGAGCGCUGUGCUGGAGUGCAUGGCUGCUGCAGACCCCACACCAUUUGUCUCUUGGAUCCGGGAGGACGGGAACCCCAUUUCCACCGAUGUGAUCGUGCUGGGACGCACCAAUCUCGUGAUUCCUCACGCCCAGCCCCACCACGCAGGAGUGUACGUCUGUCGUGCCAAUAAACCCCAGACGAGGCAGUUUGUGACCGCUGCAGCUGAGCUCCGAGUCCUUGCUCCUCCAUCCAUCUCCCAGGUGCCCGAAACCAUUUCCCGGACCCGAGCUAGCACCGCCAGGUUCCUCUGCAGAGCGGAAGGAGAGCCGCCACCCACCAUCCACUGGAUGAAGAACGGGAAGCCCAUCUUGUCCAACGGGCGGGUGAAGGCACAGAGCGGCGGCACUUUGGUCAUCAACCAGAUCGGGAUGGACGACGCCGGCUACUACCAGUGUGUGGCGGAAAACCUACUGGGCAUGGCCUGCGCCACCGCCCGGCUGGCGGUGAUUGUGCGGGAAGGGCUGCCCAGCGCACCAAAGAAAGUGAGGGCCAGUUCGCUCUCCAGCACCACCGUCUUGGUGUCCUGGGAGCGGCCGGAGUUCAACAGCGAACAGAUCAUUGGCUUCUCGUUGCAUUACCAGAAAGCUUUGGGCACCGACAACGUUGAGUUCCAGUUUGCGGUGAACAACGACACGACGGAAUAUCCGGUGAAGGACCUGGAGCCCAACACAAACUACGUCUUCUACGUGGUGGCCUAUUCGCAGCUGGGAGCCAGCCGGACGUCCGCGUCCAUCGUCGUCCAGACUCUGGAGGAUGUUCCAGGCGCUGCUCCUCAGGUGUCGCUAUCGAGUGCCACGCCCACGGACAUCAAAGUGACGUGGCUGCCCCUCCCUCCUGAACUCAGUAAUGGGAAGAUCACCAAGUACAAAAUCGACUAUGCCCCUCUCAAGGAAGAGCUGAUCUCCUCCACCGAAGUUGGCGCCAACGAAACCCACUUCACUCUUUACGGCUUGCACCCGAACAAAGUUUACAAAGUGCGCAUCGCGGCCAGCACCAGCAUGGGCUACGGGGCCCCUUCCGAGUGGACACAGCAUCGUACCCCGGAUAGAGACAACCAGACACAGGUUCCAUUUGCCCCGACUGAGUUAAAAGUCCGGGCCAAGAUGGAAUCUCUCUUAGUGACCUGGCAACCCCCAGCCAGCCACGCCCAGUUUUCGGGCUACAAGCUCUACUACCGAGAAGUGGCCGCUGAGGAUAUGAGCGAAGAAAGCCCCUCCGAGGGCGGGGACGACGGCCUUUGGGAUGUUGGCCCGAUCAAGCUGAAGAAGAAAGUCAAGCAAUAUGAGCUGACCCAGCUCGUUCCUGGAAGACUCUAUGAGGUGAAGUUGGUGGCGUUCAACAAGCACGAAGACGGCUACGCUGCAGUGUGGAAAGGCAAGACGGAGAGAGCUCCGGUCACCUCAGCCAACCCCCUAGUUCGGAAGGGCCCCCCGCUGCCCCCGGCCCACAUCUAUGCGGAAUCCAACAGCUCCACGUCCAUCUGGCUACGAUGGAAGAAGCCCGAUUUCACCACGGUGAAGAUCGUCAAUUACACCGUUCGCUUCAGCCCUUGGGGGCUCAAGAACGCCUCGCUCGUGACGUACCACACGAGUUCUGACGAAGACAUCCUCAUCAGUGGGCUGAAGCCGUUCACCAGGUACGAGUUCGCUGUGCAGUCGAAUGGAAUCGGCAUCGAUGGGCCCUUUGGGAAUGUGGUGGAAUGGUUCACCCUUCCAGACAGACCAUCGACGCCUCCCUCAGACCUGCGCCUGCACCCCCUCAAUCCCUAUGCCGUCCAGGUCCACUGGUGCCCCCCGUCAGAACCCAACGGCAUCAUCGUGGAGUAUGUGAUCCUGUACAACGCCAACAACACGCAACCGGAUGAGAUGUGGACUCUCCUGACAAGAGAGGGCAAUACGUUCAGCACUGAGGUGCACGGGCUGGAAAGCGACACCCGGUACUUCUUCAAGAUGGGAGCGAAAACGGUGGUCGGGUCAGGCCCCUACUCAAACGUGAAGGACGUGCAGACCCUGCAGGAGCGGUUUUUGGAUCUCUUGGAUGUCCACUCGGUCACGGGGAUCAUCGUGGGAGGCUGCCUGGGCCUGCUCUGCAUCCUCUUCUGCAUGUGCGCCACCUUCCACAGCAACAAACCAAGGGAGUCGGUGCCAGGUUUGGAUGCCCAAGCAGCCAGGAACCACCUGUAUUACCUCCGGAACCGCCAGCCGCUGCCCCCGACGGUGGCUCCAUCUGAUUCUCAUGAGCUGCAGUCUCUGAUGGCCCCGCUGCCCGAGCACGCUCCGUCGCCCCCCACAGAGGUCCUGGAACUGGUGGAAGCGCAGGGCCUUAUCCGGGGCAGUCUCCUGGAAGACAGUGCAAGCCACAUCAAAAGGAAGCCGCCUUGGGAGAAGCCUCUUGAGAGCUGGCCAAGCAGCGUCACCAGCUACGGAGAAGAGACGGUUGCAAAAGAAGCGUCUGUUGCUAUGAACGGAGCCUUGAAGGUGGCGUCCAACGGGGGGCGGGACCUCUUGUUACACGCAUUGGUGUACGAGACGGUGAGUAAUGAACGGAAGAAGGAUCAAGCGCUUGGCACCCUCAACCAGAUGGAAGCGGAAGUCAUCGUCCAUUCUGAUUUCUCGGCCUCCAGAGGUUACGACUCCCAGCUCAGCACGCCGGACCCAGAAGGGCCGUUCGUCGAGAACCAGGGCCCAAAACACCUCCCUGCACAGGGAAGCCCACCUCAAAAGGCUUCUCCCGGCUGCUCUGAGGAGAGCCAGGAAGAAGAGAGCAACUCGGAGGCCUCUGGUACGUCGCUAAGGACUGAGAGGCAGACUUACAAGAUGGCCGCCGGGUUGCCCAGGCCUGGAGAACACUUUGACUCAGUGGGGAGUGGGGACUCGGACUUCCUUCAGGGAGAGGGAGAGAAUGUGGACCCUGUCCCCUGUGAUGUUUUCCCCCAAAGCCAGUCCCAGGUCUUGCUGUGUGGAGGCCUCUCUAGCCUAAUCCAUUCUCCCACAGCAUUUGAGAACGUAGCCUGCACUCACCACGUUUGAAGGGAGCCUUUGACUAAAUCGUUCGCCCUGGCAAAGCUAGAAAUCGCGUAACAUCUUCGAUGGUACUAAAUAGCCUCAUGGUUCGGAGUUUGAAUGAAAAGGAGAGGAGGGGCU